ACUCGUCGCGCUGGGCGACUCGACUGCACACCCGCCGGUGCGCCUCCACGGCCGAGGUUUCCACGGCAACCGCGCUCCCCGCACGGCCGCGACCCGGAAGGAGCCGGAACUCCCGGGGGCGGGCCAGCGACUCGACAUUGACUUCCGGGUCACGGCGGAGCGAGCUCUCACGUGGAGGCGCGGAGGUCCGGCCUACGGGAAUGAUCACCAAGACCCACAAAGGAGAGCUGGGCCUUGGGCUCCCAGAGAAGAAGAAGAAGAAGAAGAAGGUAGUCAAAGAACCAGAGACUCAGUACUCGGUUUUACACAGUGACAAUUAUUUCACUGAGGUUUGUCCCACAAGAGCCACGUCCCCCUCGAAGAAUGUGGUCCAAGGGCAGGCACCCGAGAUGCCUCUAGUGAAGAAAAAGAAGAAGAAAAAGCAGGGCCCCGGCACCCUCUGCGAGGAGCACGUAGAACCUGAGACCACGGUACGUGCCAGGUGCACAGAGAAGUCGCCCAGCCCCGGGAAGCAGGCUCUUGGUCCGUCUGAGUUUGUCAGUGGGGAGAAGAAAAAGAAGAGGAAGGCCUCGUGGCCUCUGGCCAUGUCCCCUAGCUCGAGGGUGAAGACCUCCCCAGACCCCAGACAGGGCGAAGAGGCAACCAGAGAUGGCAAGAAGCUCAAAAAACACAAGAAGGAGAAAAAGGCCCAGGAGGCCACGGCCUUCUCAGCCAGGGACCAUUGGUUCUGCGAGGCUGGGGAUGCUCCGUACCCUUACUCAGUGGGGAAGGAUGGCGGGGAUCAGGCAGUCUCGGGGCAGAAAGGGAAACAGGGGAGCCCCAGGGAACACAAUGUGAAGAUGACGAAGAAAAGGAAAAUCCACCAGGAGGAAGACACCCCCCUAGGGCACCCCGAGCUCCCCAGGUCCAUAAAGAAGAGCCCUAGGAAAGGAAGUAAAAAGAAACCAGUCAAAAUCGAUGCUCCAGAAUACAUCCCAAUAGAAGAUGACACCAAGGCCCCUGCGAAGAAGAAAAUGAAGUCCAAGAAAAAGGCAGAGCAGCCAGGCAUUGAAGAGCCAGCUCUGAAGAGGAAGAAAAAGAAAAAGAAGAAAGAGAGCAGAGUAGCAGGAGAACCUUGGGAGGAGGAGCCCGACACAGACUUAGAGGUGGUACUGGAGAAGAAAGGCAACAUGGACGAGGCGCACAUAGACCAGGUGAGGCGGAAGGCCCUGCAAGAAGAGAUCGAUCGGGAGUCAGGCAAAACGGAAGCUUCUGAAACCAGGCACUGGACGGGAACUCAGUUUGGCCAGUGGGAUACUGCUGGUUUUGAAAAUGAGGAACAGAAACUGAAAUUUCUCAAACUUAUGGGUGGCUUUAAAAAUCUGUCCCCUUCAUUCAGCCGCCCCCCUAACCUGAUCGGAAGGCCCAACAUGGCCCUCAACAAGAAGGCGGCCGACACGCUGCAGCAGAACCUGCAGCAGGACUACGAGCGGGCCAUGAGCUGGAAGUACAGCCGGGGGGCCGGCCUCGGCUUCUCCACCGCCCCACACACAGUCUUCUAUAUUGACAGGAACGCUUCCAAGUCAAUCAAGUUUGAAGAUUAAACUCUACUGUCUUGUCCCCCCAAAACAGCCAGAAUUGCUUUUAUUAUUCAGUUAUGCAGAUGAAAGCCAUCUGAGGGUUGUCUGGCAUCAAACUCCUGCA